AUGUGUCUCCCUCCCACUCUCACCUUCGGCUUCACCUUAGCAAUAGUCCCCCACACCCUUAAUCUCCUCCGCCAUUAUGCGAAAACAGCAAAGGCUGCUGCUAAAAAAGCAAAAUCAAGUCCCAUCGCCAGAGAAAGGCGCCGCUGUGGUGAUAAGAAUACUAAUGGUAAUGAUGGUAGUGACAAUGAUCAAGCACAAGCGAGAAAAGAAAAUGACGUGUAUUGAAAGCAAUUGGUACACAAAAUGAAACAUCAAGGGAGGGGGGAGAGGAAAAAACAAUAUGCCCCGUUUACUCAACCCUCACCCUAACCCUAGCGUCUUAUAUAAGGUUCGAUUCGUAGUAGAAAAGAGAGAAGACGGGGGAAAGAAAAAUAAUGGUAAAACAAAAACAACCAGUCCCUACACCUGCCGUGCAUGCAUUGAACAAAAGGAAAUCACAAAAAAAGCAGCAAAUAUCAAAGGAAAAUGGAAAAAGGGAAGGAAGCAAUGUAUUCAUAACCAAAAGUGUGGAAAGGGGAUUGCGGAUAAAAUGGGGUACUUUCUAAAAAAAAAAAAA